AUGGCAAGGUGUUUGUAUCUCAGCUCCUUCCUUCUCACUAGGAUGGUCAAUAUCUCCAUGGGAGUCAAAACUUGCCUUAUUAAAACCUGGACCCCACACAGCCAAGGCAGAGCAAUCAGCGUCCACUUGGCCCUACACCCCGACUCUCAAAAGAACAGGUAGGUGAUUUGCAAUUACUAAUACGUUUAGUUUAUAGGUUGCUUGUAACCAUAUAUUUUAUCUACUGUACAUUUUAAUUAUGUGUUUAUACUGCUCUUUCUCUGUUCUCACCCGGAGCCAUAUAAUAGCAAGUAUCUCUACAAUGGGUGUCACAUUGGGUGACUGCUGAUAAAUGUUAAUUCAGCUGGCUGAGGAUGAAAAUCUUUUAAUAUGCUUUGAUAAAUAAAAAAUAAAAGAUGUUUGACCUUUUCAAAGAUAUUGAUUAAGAUAAAUUAAUGUACUCUAUAUCUGGAAAGUAAUGGUUUAUAACAAGGUUGAGCUCUUCCUUUCAAGAUAGUUCUGAUUUUUACAGCUCGUCAGAGGACAAAGUCACAGUACACUUUGUUAACCAAGAUGGCAUCAAAACCAUUGAAGGAGAGACCCUGUUGGACAUUGUCGUAAACAAAAACUUGGACAUAAGUGGUUUUGGUAUGUAAACAGCAAAAAUAGACGAGGAGAAUAUGUAUCACUGUAUGUUGCCUUUAAUGUAUAAAAACAAUCUACUAUCCAUGUGUCUUUAAGUCUUUUAUUGUGUCUUCUGAUGUGCUUCAGGUGCAUGUGAGGGGACAUCCACCUGUCAUCUCAUUUUUGACAAGACAUUUUAUGAGAAAAUGGAACAAACGGUGGAUGAGGAGAUGGAUAUGCUAGAUCUAGUUUACAGGCUUACCAAGACUGUAAGUGAGUAAAACAUUUUUAGUGCUCUGACAGUGUACAUGUGUUAUGUAGAGCUUUCAUUAGCUUGUGGAAAUGUUAUGAUUUACAUACAUGAUCAAGGCUCAAACAAAACAGGCACACACACAUUUUCUUGAUUUACUCCAGCCAGGGCCUGACUGCUGAACUGACGCAGAAGCAACAGGGUGCAGUAAAUUCAGUAAUUCAGUAAAACAAAUCUGAAGUUGUUUAUGUAAAUGUUCUGAAACUAUCUGCUUCUGAUUGACAGGUCCUGUCUUGGUUGCCAGGUAACAGUGCAGAAGUGGAUGGAUGGUAUGACUGUCCAAGUGCCCCAAGGGCUGAGGGACCCUGUGGGAUCUAAAGGCAGCCAGUGA